AUGGCUGCCGUGUCGCUCUCCUCCUCCCUCGGCAGCCUCGCUGGCGCGAAGCUCGCUGUCGCGCAGUCAGCCACGUCAGCGAAGACCGCCAAGGUCCAGGCAGUGCGUUGCGUCGCCGGUCCUUCCGCUUCUUCUGCCGAGAAGCGCUCGGAAGAGAAGAGCAUCUGGGAGAAGCUAGGAACCGGCGCAGCGGCGUUCGGACUAGCCGCCGCGCUUCAACUGACUCCGUCAGCCGUUGACGGAGCUAAGGCCGACGAGUUCGCAAUCCUGCGGUCGCCACCGCCGCUCGAGUCGCACUAUUACGACGACGCGAAUGUCCUCAGCCGAAUCACCCGGUCGGACAUUAAGAAGCUUCUGACGGAUUUGGAGGAGCGUACUGGUUACCACAUUGACGCUGUAACCCUGAGGAAGAUUGCGGGCAAGGGCGAUGUCUUUGAACUCGCGGACAAGAUUCUCGAGUCGUGGUAUCCGACCGUGGAGGAGGGCGACAAGCGCGGCGUUGUUCUCCUCGUCACCUCGCAGAAGGAAGGAGCCGUUGCCGGCGGUCCCACCUUCAUUGACACCAUCGGGGACGAGCUGUUUGAGGGGAUCGUGUCCGAGAACCUCCCAGUCCUGGCCACCGAGGAGCGUUACAACGAGGCCAUGUACUCGACAACGAAGCGCCUUGCAGCGAGGAUCAACGGGGAGCCGGAUAUUCCGGGGCCCAAGUUCAACGACGCGAGGCGGGAAUCCAACUACAAGACGCGUGAAGAGACGGAUUCGAAGCGCGACCAAUUCACGACGGUCGUGGGGGGUCUUUUGGUCAUCGCGUUUGUGGUUCCGAUGCUCCAGUAUUACGCUUACGUUAAGAAGUAG